UCUAAAAAGCUCGCUUUUCCUCAGAAACGAAAGCCCGGCCUGACAUGGACGGAAUACGCCACAGCAAGCUGAGGCUGAACGGCAUAAACGUCCACGUGGCGGAGUCCGGCCCCACCGAAGGCGCCGUGAUCCUCUUCCUCCACGGAUUCCCGGAGCUCUGGUACAGCUGGCGCCACCAGAUGGCCGCCGUGGCUUCCCUCGGUUACCGCGCCGUGGCGCCCGACCUGAGAGGCUACGGCGACACCGAUGCCCCGGAGGAUCCGGGGAGCUACACGGUCCUCCAUGUCGUCGGCGACCUCGUGGCGCUGAUCGAGGCGGUGGCGCCGUCGCAGGGGACGGUUUUUGUGGUGGGGCACGGCUGGGGAGCUGCAAUGGCUUGGCAUUUGUGCUUGAUGAGGCCCGACAAGGUCAAGGCGGCGGUCAAUUUGAGCGUCCCGUUUGGUCACCGGAGCGCUAAUCGGAGGCCCAUGCCGUCGUUGAAGGCGUACUAUGGAGAGGAUUACUACUCGUGCAGGUUUCAGGAGCCAGGUGUAAUGGAAGCAGAAUUCGCCGAGCACGGUACAGAAAGAGUCCUUAAGGAGUUCUUCACGCUUCACACUCCAGAUCCCCUCUUCUUGCCUAAGGGCAGAUUGUUUGGCCACUCUCUCGGCGCACCAAUUCCUUUGCCGCCUUGGUUGUCGGAGGCGGAUCUCAAGUACUUCACCUACAAGUACGAGAAGACGAGCUUCACCGGAGGAUUGAACUACUUUCGGAACGUCGAUCGGAACUGGGAAUUGACUGCUCCGUGGCAAGGGGAUCAAGUGAAAGUGCCGGUGAAGUUCGUCGCCGGCGAUCAAGACAUGGCCUAUAACAAUGCCAGGGGUUAUAUACACAAAGGAGGUUUCAAGAGGGACGUCCCGUUUCUGCAGGAGGUGGUUGUGAUGGAAGGCGUCGGCCAUUUUCUCCAGGAAGAAAAGGCCGACGAGAUCAGCGGCCACAUCAUCGAUUUCAUUCGCAAGUUCGGAUGAAUUCGUGACAACAAGCAAAUUGUCGUGACUAUUGGUGGUCCAAAAUCCAAAUUAACUUUGGAUUUAAUUGAGAAAUUAAUUAGGCGACGAAAGACGACUUUUCUUAAGGUGUUUGGCACAUAUGAAUAUGAUGUAUUUUAUGGUGUGAAUUUUCUGUUUAAUCCAUCAAUGGUGGGUUUGACAUGUAAAAAAUUUAGAAUAGUAGAACUUAAAGACUUAUGUUGUGCUCUCAAACGCUAAGUAACUGAAUGCAUGAAUGCAUGUUAAUAUUUAUUACAUAAAAAUAAA